AUGACCUGGUCUUUGCCCUUCUUUCCCUAUCCUCCCGCAAAGGAUGGAUAUUGGGAGCCCGUCACCUCCACCUUGAACUGGUGCGAAGAGGAUUACUAUGCCACCCCAUAUGCUGCAGAGAUUGUCAACACACUCACCAACCUGCUAUUUAUGUGGCUUGGAGUCCAGGGCAUCCUAAGCUGCCGUCGCAAUGGACACGAUCAGAUCUUCACUGUCGCCCUCCUGGGCUAUCUGGUAGUCGGAACCGGGAGCUUCCUAUUCCACUCGACUCUAAAGUGCAAGUUGUCCUUCCACCCCUCCGAAAACCGCAUGUCUCAGUUGGAACGCGAAACAGAUCCCAUGCAAUUAGUAGAUGAACUGUCUAUGAUCUAUACGACCUGUCUCAUGACAUAUGCCUCAUUCUCCUACUCCCGGACCGUCACCACCCGUGUCAUCCUCGCUGUGUCGCUCACAGGACUCGCCGUCUUUAUCACCCUCUACUACCACUACCUCCAAGACCCUGUCUUCCACCAGAAUGCAUAUGCGCUCCUGACCACUGUGGUCGUUUUCCGCAGCAUGUAUACUAUGGAAAAGACCCUUAGACCGAAAUGGCGUCACUCGACAGAGGCAGAUCGCCUAGCGCGCCAGAAGAAGGGACUCCCCGUCCCAACGAAGGAGCGCCAGCACUACGAGAACGUGCGCGACGAGAAGACCCUCAAGACCAUGUGGUUCAUGGUCAUCUACGGACUCAGCAUGUUCUUGGGAGGCUUCUUCAUCUGGAACCUGGAUAAUGUCUUCUGUGGCCAGAUGCGGCGGAUGCGCCGCGCUGUCGGUCUUCCAUGGGGUAUCUUCUUGGAAGGACAUGGCUGGUGGCACAUUAUGACCGGCAUCGGUGCGUACCUCUACAUUACGUGGGGCAUCUGGCUCCGCCACUGCCUCAACAACAAGCAAGAAGACUACCACCUGCGCUGGGCGCACUUCUGGCGAAUUCCCGAGGUGAUCCGCACCUCUGGCGGACCAUCCGAGAACGGGGUUGCUCGGGCCAAAAAGUCGACGUGA